AUGGCAACCUUCAUAUACUCACUAUUACCUUCAUUUUUCUUUAUCAUCAUUCUCAUUUACAUAAUUUUCUAUAAACCAAAACAGGACACCAAACUACCAUCGGGCCAAAUGGGUCUCCCUUGGAUAGGAGAAACAAUCCUGUUCUAUAGAGCUCAACGAAAAAACCAACUUUUCGUUAACUUUUUUCAGCCAAGAAUAAAAAAACAUGGUAAAAUCUUUAAGACUAAAUUGAUGGGAUCACCGACCGUGGUGGUAAAUGGGGCUGCGGCCAAUAAGUUCUUCAUGUCGAACGAGUUUAAAUUGGUGGUUAGCUCAUGGCCAACUUCAUCAGUAGAAAUGAUGGGGAAGAACUCCAUUAUGGAGAAACAAGGAGAUGCACACCAUUGUCUUCGUGGGAUCAUUGCUUCAAUGCUCGGCCCUACUGGCAUGCAAAUGAUGAUGCCAAAAACGUGCAUCUCAAUUCAGAAACACCUACAAAAGAACUGGGAAAACAAUGAAGAAAUUAGUCUACAUCGGUCUACCAAAAGACUUACUUUCACUAUAGUUCUUGAAUGCUUGUUUGGGAUUGGGAUAGAGCAAGAGACGAUGAUUGGAAUCUUUGAGUGUGUUCUAGAAGGUGUUUUAGCUGCUCCAAUCAAUCUCCCGUGGACUAAAUUCUCAAGAGCUAAGAAAGCUAGAGCGGAUAUAGAGAAGGUACUCGUUGAUGAGGUCAGAAGGAAGCAGGAAGCCAUGGAAAGUGGAAAAGAUGAAGAAAACGGCAUGCUACUUUCUAAUUUAGUUGCAGCUUUGAUCAGAGGUGAAAUUACAGAAGCAGAAGUUGUUGAUAACGUUGUUUUGUUAGUUUUUGCAGCUCACGAUACAACUUCUUAUGCGAUCUCAAUGACUUUCAAGAUGCUAGCUAACCACCCGGAUUGCUAUUCUGUUCUCCUAAAAGAACAUGAAGAAAUUGCUAGAGCAAAAAGACCAGGUGAAACUUUAAAUCUUGAAGAUGUGAAGAAAAUGGAGUAUACCUGGCAAGUAGCACGUGAAACUAUGCGACUCUGCCCUCCCAUUUUCGGCUCAUUCAGAAAAGCCACAACCGACAUUGAGUUUGAAGGUUUUAUUAUUCCUAAAGGAUGGAAGGUGCUUUGGACAACAUAUGGAACACAUUAUGAUGAAGAAUAUUUUCCGGAUCCAAUGAGUUUUAAUCCAAGUAGAUUUGCAGAUCUGGUUCAAGCUUAUGCUUUUAUACCAUUUGGCGGCGGGCCAAGGCUAUGUGCAGGGUAUCAACUGGCAAAGCUAAUUAUUCUCGUGUUUAUGCAUUAUGUCGUCACACGAUAUGAUUGGUCAUUAGUUUACCCCGACGAGCCAAUAGUUAUGGACCCUCUUCCCUUUCCUUCUAAAGGAAUGCCUAUAAAAAUCUCUCCAAAAUCUGAUAAUUAG